AUGCGAUUUUUUGCUGAGUUAUGUGCUGCGGUGAUCGCACUUAUUUUCUCGGGGUGUUCGAGUUCGUCGACCACAACCAUUACUCCUGCCCCACCGACCACUAUUCCUUCCUCGAAUGACUCAGCGUCUAAGACUGCAACUACGACAUCGCCUCUAUCUAAGGGGGAGGUUGCCAUUUCUAACGGUCCCAUAUCGGGAAUCAACAUCGCUAAGAAUACGACUAAACAACAGCCUAUUGUCCAAGAUGUUGAAGUCUUCUAUGGUAUCCCCUUCGCCAAGUCCCCUGUUGGUGACCUUCGAUUUCGGGCCCCUCAACAGUUUGACGAGCACUGGACAACUGUUAAAAAGAUGGAUACUAAACAGAGUCAGUGCCCGGAUAAGUACGGCCGUGGUGAUGAAGACUGCCUUUACCUCAAUGUGUGGCGACCUGCCAAUGCAACGCUUGGUUCGAAGCUCCCAGUUAUGGCUUGGAUCUUCGGUGGUGGUUUCGUGGAUGGCAACGCGGCUUCAUCAGACUAUGAUGGAAGUGCAUUAGCCUCUCAGCAUAAUGUCGUUGUUGUGACUAUGAACUACCGUUUGGGUGAUUUGGGUUAUUUCGCAUCGCCUGCUUCCUUCAAUGAAGAAGGGACGACCGGCAAUUGGGGACAAUUGGAUCAGCAAUUGGCCCUAAAGUGGAUACAGAAGAACAUCGAGGCAUUUGGUGGCGACAAGGAUAGAGUUCUGCUAUUUGGUGAAUCUGCUGGGGCCUUCAGUGUAGUCUGGCAUAUAGCUGCACCUAGCAGCGCCGGCUUAUUCCAUUCGGCUGUUCUCGAGUCUAGUACAAGUCACACUGACAUAUUCUUCCAACAGCCCCAAGAUGCCUACCGCUAUUACGAUUGGGUGGCCAAGGAACUUGUCGGCUGCAAAGACGCUAAUGAUAUGGACUGCCUCCGUCACGUUGAUGCGUCGAAGUUCACACUCCCAAAGAACGUGAGAUUUGACCCCAACCAGUGUCCCGAGUGGGGAUCUCCCAUUUUCCCGAUGAUGCCAGUUGGGCCAUGUAUCGACGGAAAGAUCCUUCCUGAUGUGCCGCUGAACAUGGUUAAGAAGGGCGACUUUAAUAAGGUCCCUACUAUUGUUGGCACCAAUCGUGAUGAAGGCACUGCCUUUGUUGCUGGUCUCUCUGGAGUAGUCCCUGGUGUCCCGCGACAACCCGAUAUGGAUGAUGUUCGCACAUUGCUCUUCUACAUGUUGCAAAGUGAAGAGGCUGUCGACGAGGCUCUGGCGGCUUAUCCUGUGGCAGAUUAUACUACCACUUAUGGUACGGAGAGUCAAGGUUUUGAGUUGGCCUCGGAGAUGAUUCGGGAUGCUAUCUUCCACUGUCCCAGUCAAGAGUUGGCCCAGGCUAUUUCUGAUAAUGGUGGUGAUGCGUAUAUGUACCUUUUCAAUAUGGACCCUAUCUUCCCCAAGUGGGUUGACAAGAUCAACACUGGCAAUCGUCCAAUGUUUGGUUUCGGUAACUUCACCCCUGAGCAAAUGGGCACCUUCCAUUCCUCAGAGAUCCCUUUUGUCUUUAAGCGAUUUGAAGAUCACGGUGUGACGGUGAAGGAACCUAACAUGUACGAAGUAUACAUGGGCCAUCCUCCGCGACAACCCGGUGAUGUUUACCACCAAGUCUCCGAUAAGAUGUCCUGCAUGUGGGCGAGUAUGGCUGCAAGUGGCAAGCCUGUUGGAGGUGAUGUUGUUUGUCCGCCUCAGCCUCAUCUACCCAACUGGGGGACAUAUAUGGCUAACUCCAAGAACUCACUUGGUCAGUACUUGCAUCUUGGUCGUGAUGUACAGAUGGAGCCUUUGGUAAAGGAUAACGCUUACCCUCACUCGGAGUUCGCCAGCAAAGACGUGUGUGAAUUCUGGAACGCUCAGCAGUUCAGGUUCCAUGAUUUGCGUAGCGAUCUAACAAACACUACUACUGCUGAUGAAAAACGAGUCAUCAUGGUAUAG